AUUUCAAAUCAUCUUCUUCAUAUAUCUUUCUGCCUUCUCUACUCUCAGAUAAACAAAAAGACUUUCUCAAAUUUCUGUCUUCAUAACAUAAAUUGUCUUGAUUUUUCAUAUAUUUCAGAUUAUAUAUAUUUUUUGGUUUCGAAUGGACGAGAUUGAAGUUCCUUCAUUUUUUCUGUGCCCGAUUUCUCUAGAGAUCAUGAAAGACCCGGUCAUACUCUCCACCGGCAUAACAUAUGAUCGGAUGAGCAUCGAGAAUUGGAUAUUUUUGAGGAAACACAACAACUGUCCGGUAACUAAACAGGAGCUUACGGAUGUAGAGUUGACUCCUAACCAUACCUUGAGAAGACUCCUUCAAGCGUGGUGCACCCUCAAUGCAUCGUACGGCAUCCAGAGAAUCCCCACUCCAAGACCUCCUGUGAGUACUUCUCAGAUUUCGAAACUCAUCAAGGAUUCGAAAUCUCCUAAGCUUCAAAUGCGAUGCCUUAAAAGACUCAAGUCCAUUGCAUCAGAAAAUGAGACGAAUAAACGUUUAAUAGAAGCUGCCGGAGCAGCUAAUUUCUUGGCCUCAAUCAUUAGAAACGCGAAGAGAUCGUCAGAUAGUGAAGUGCUUGAGGAGGAAUUUGAAUUGACAAAGCCUGAAGAUGAGGCUCUUAGCAUUCUGUAUCAACUCCAACUAUCCGAAACAAGCCUGAAGUCUCUAGUUGGAGAAAACAGUGAAUUCAUCGAGUCCAUGAUUCAUUUCAUGAAGUCCGAAAACUACGAAUCACGUACUUACGCUGUUUUGCUCUUAAAAUCAAUCUUCAGUGUGGUGGAACAAGCAGAAAUGAUGAGUUUCAGAGGCGAACUGUUAAAAGAAAUAGUUCAUGUUUUGAAAGAUGAAAUCUCUCCCAAGGCCUCCAAAGCUGCAUUGCAAGUACUAAUCUAUCUAUGUCCCUUGGGCCGAAACAGGAUCAAAGCAUCAGAAGCUGGAGCCGUUCAAGUAAUCGUCAAUUUCCUGAUUUCUCAUCCGUCGGAUAAGAGGUUCUCCGAAAUGGCUCUCACCGUGCUUGAACUGCUGUGUCAAUGUGCCGAAGGGAGAUCGGACUUGCUGAAACAUGGAGCUGGAUUAGCUGUUGUUUCUAAAAGAAUACUCAGGAUUUCCCGAUUUGCGAGUGAUAGAGGAGUGAGGAUCAUACAUUCUAUCGCAAAGUAUUCGGGCAGUAACUCAAGUGUUCUUCAAGAAAUGCUGCAGCUGGGAGUUGUAUCAAAGUUGUGUUUGGUGCUUCAAGUGGAUUGUGGAAGCAAGACUAAGGAAAAAGCUACGGAGAUUCUUAAGAUGCAUUCCAGAGCUUGGAGGAAUUCUCCUUGCUUGUCCACGGCUGUGCCCUCUUUCUAUCCAGCUUGAUCAAAGAUCAAUAGAUGUAGAGAACCAAUUACAUUCAAUACUCUUUGUAGGAACAAUUUUUCGCUUUCAGUUGUACAUGAUCUAAUUUGAAUAUAUGUAGUUAGGGUAUACAAAUCUCUAGCCUGAAAUUUUAGAGAUGUCUGGGGAAUACAUAAUUGAGAAUACUAUUUUUUCUGAAUUAA